UCUCUUCACAUUUUCUGCUCCAGCGAUUGAGUCUUGUAGUCACCGCCAUUGAUGGAUAGCAAAGAAGCUUCUCCACCGAAAGAUCCUAAAGUACCUUCCCCUUCUUCACCAAAGACGCCCCUAGCUUCAUCUCCGCCAGAUCGGAACCACGAAUCUGCCUCCAAUUUCACCAAGAUGUACCACUCUAUUUUCCCGCCGAUUUCGACUCUCACGAACUCCCUCUUGCUCACGCCAUCCACGUGCUCCGUCUCCCCCUCGGCUACUGACGACCUCCACCUUGGCACUGACGACGUAGCCACCGAGCACAGCCUCUGCCAGGCUAGUCUCAUCUUUGAGUACCAAGAGCUUUUCGAUCACUAUAAUCUCUGCGUCGCGCGCCUCUAGAGGCUCAACAGGGAGAUCGAUUCCCUUCGCCAAGAGAACAACGAUCUCCGAUUGACAAAUGCGGAACUCAUCAAGCUCAUCAGCCUCUUCUCUCAGCCGCAGAGCCGCUCACUCCGUGGUGCUUGCGCGAGUCAUCUCAGCGAACAGCUUGUCUCCGAUUUCAACCCUACGAGCAUGAUGGAGAAACGGUUUGAAAGGAGAAACAACGUAGAACGAUAUACUUUGCCGAAGAGCAUCUCAGUCGGUUCGAGUGGCUAUCUGCAGAUGAAACCUGCAGCCAGUCCAUCCAAUGACGACUCGAGUCGCGCGCCGACUGUGCCUCUAGUCGCGAGUCAACUCGUCCCUGGAUCUCAGCGCGUGUUUGUUCCAGGCAAGAAGACAGAGGAGGAGGCGGCAGAGUUCGAUGUCUACAAUCAAGGCAUGUGGAAGAUAGAGCUGUGCAAUAAGUGGCAGGUGACGGGCACUUGCCCUUACGGUGACCACUGCCAGUUCGCUAGCGGUCUCUCCGAGCUGCGUCAAAUUAUAAGGCAUCCAAGGUACAAGUCCGAGGUCUGCAAGAUGGUUCUCGCUGGUGACACGUGUCCUUACGGCCACAGGUGCCAUUUCCGCCACCCACUCACUGAGCAGGAGAAGCUGGCGGUUCCACGUUAACCGUCACAUCGAUCGGUUUGUUCAAGACUGGUAUAUUGGUUUUUGUGCUUAUAUAAAUAUAUAUAAUGGAUUGUGACGAAGUUUAACCCCAAUAAAAGUACAUAAAAACUGAUUAUAAUUAGUGAAAAAGAUAAAAGAAAAAUGGAAGGUAUAAAUUUUUUUAAAAAAAUCCCACAUAAACCGAAAUGUCCAUACUUCAGUGUUAGUUAUGAAACAGCACCAACGUGGUUUUCAAGUUAGUUACUCUUAUCACUCGUCUCUCCCUCUCUCAUUGGUCGAUUUAGAUUCUCGUAGAGGGUGUCAAGCGUGUGUUGAUUAUAUAUGGACUUUUUUGAUAUAUAGAUGGGCAUGCUGAUCCGGUUUGUCAUACUUCUAUCAACCAUUUGGUGAUGCUGACGUGUAGUAAUGUUGAAUCCAUGCAGCUGUGAGUAGAUUUUUCUUUUUUUAUUUUUGAUUAUUGAUGGGCUUUCUGAUUAAGCUGUUGGAGAGUGGUUGUCGGAUAAAGAACUUGGGAAGAUUAGUGUGAUAAUAAAUCCCACUUAUAA